GCCCCCCCAACCAUAAAAAGCUUUCCACAAAGGACUCCAGAGCAAGCUGAUACAUGUAGCUAAUACCAGUACAAUGGAGCUCCAUAGACUCCUGCUAGCUGGUAUACUGAUUCUAGGAGUAGCCGGCAUUGCAAGCAGCAAGACACGGAGACCUCUUUUGCGCAAGCCUUCAAGCUCGCCCAAGACAGGCUGCUACAUCAUCGCCAUCAAAGAUAAGGCCACUAAUGAGGAAGUACAGGAGCUCCUCACUCGAGUCAUCAAAGCCAGUGAUAACCACAAGAUGUACGGGUUGGUGCAGAAGGCAACCAGAGCAUUCACAGUCAAGCUCUCUCCCUACUCACUGGAAAUGGUACGAGGCAUGGCUGCAGUGGAUUACAUUGAGGAGGAGGGUUUUGCCUCGGGCGAUGCCAGCGAGGAAAUCCUCCAAUGGCAUCUUGAUCGUAUUGACCAGGCUGGCUACCCACUCGACCUCUCUUACGCUCCCAUCGGUGACGGCGAAGGUGUGGACAUUUUUAUCCUUGACUCUGGCAUUAACUUUAAACACGAAGAGUUUGAAUAUCGUGCCAAGUAUGCUGGGUAUGACCCUAUGGAUGAGUACUCACUCAACAACGUAGAUAACUUACCGGACAAUUUCCAACGUCAGAAUGGCCGUGAUUGCCAUGGCCAUGGGACACAUGUGGCUAGCCUCAGUGCUGGUAAAACGUACGGAACAGCCAAGAAAGCUACGGUAUAUAGUGUCCGAGUAUUGAACUGUAACAAUGCAGCUCCAUGGAGUGUGAUAUUGGAUGGCAUUGAUUUCGUGAUGAAGACCGCACAAAGAACCAAACGGCCAUCAGUCGCUUCUUUCUCUCUGAGUGGAGAUUUCUAUCGCUCUGUUAAUAAUGCAAUGGCUGGUCUGGUUAGGCAGGGUGUCCACGUGGUGGUUGCUGCCGGCAAUGGAGGGGUGGAUGCUUGCAUGCUAUCACCCGCUAGCAGCUCCUCUGUCAUCACUGUAGGAGGGACUAGGAACGGUGAUGGAUUCUACAUCCUCGGCUCUGGCUCAAACUUUGGAUCGUGUGUGGAUAUAUUUGCCCCCGGGGAGAGGAUUGUAGCGGCAGACUGGAAGUGUUCCAACUGUUGCAAGACCCUCAGUGGGACAAGUAUGGCAGCUCCCAUUGUCAGUGGCUCUGUGGCCGUACACCUCAGUCGGCAACCAAUGGCUACCCCGAAUGAAAUAAAGAAGAAGCUUGUAGACGAAGCUCUCUCUGGAGUUCUGUCGUUUGAUGGAGUCUCUGAUAUAUAUCACGAGACCACCACCAACAAGUUGUUGAAUAUACCCGGAUUUUGUGGGGGUACUAAUUUUCUGAAUAGCUAUACCCCCCUGACUUCCCCCCACUACCCUCAACCGUACCCCUCACAUCUGGACUGUGUCUGGCACAUACAAGUGGGUAAGGGACUGCAAGUGGUAGCCAACAUCUCCACGGUCAUGCUUGAGGAAAACUAUGAUGUCUUACGCCUAUACGAGGGAGAGUGCUGCAAUAGAUCACACCAGGUGGCGCAGUUCACUGGUGAUAUUGGUGAUGUAGAAUACAGCUACACUAGUGUAAGGGGCGAGCUAUCACUACAGUUGGUGACUGAUGGAACUGGCAGCUCUACUGGCUUCACUGGCUCCUUCACAAAGAUCUAUACUGGCACGAACAUCAGAGUACCAGAUCCUGACGUUGAGCUCCCCACAGUCACACCAGUCACAGCCGCCCCCUCACACGUUGUCAACCUCCGCUCUCUCUCCCCGAAGAGGGCUCGUAGUGAAGUCACUCAACUACUGGGCAAAGGUUACAAGGUCAUAUGGAUCACAACACACUUGGGAGGGACCUCAAAUGUGCAUACCUUUGACAUCAUUCUCAGUAACAAUACUAAAGUGGAUACUCGUGUCGCUAUCGACCUCACAGCACAAGCUCUCAACGAUACCAUCCACAAAAUGGUUACCGAUGGUUACAGCAUUAGCUCGUUAGCAGACAGAGUGAGGGGGCGUGAACCCAACAGUGCCGUCAGCUACACUGCCCUGUUUCGGAGGUCCAAUCAUCUUUUAGAGACGGAAAUAUUUCUCGGGGAUACAAUUGAGGAUUGGAAGAGCCGGGUGGUGACUAUGAACAAUAGUGGAUACCGACUCAUCUCUCAGUCUUUUGUAGAGUUCCAGAGCAAGCAACAAGUGUCUACUAUCUUCACAAGAGACAGGAGGCUGGCAUACAAUAUCACAUUCGAACCUCCUCAAAAAAUGUUCACCUUCUACAAUGCAUCCUUCUUCCAGUUCACCAGUCUUACGCUGCAGUACGCACGCAUGAACUACUACCUCUCCCAUCUGGAGGUCAGUCAGAGACAGGGCGAUCCGUCCGCUCAUUUCUCUGCCAUUCUCCUUGCACACACACCCAAGACUGUGAGGAAUGGUAACUGGUUUCGCUGGGGCCUGAACGAGGAAGCUGUCCAGUCUAUGAUUGAACUGGAGGCCCCUAACUGGGACCCAUACGCUCUGAGUGGCUACAGUCACCAGGGAGUCGUUGUCUACUAUGUGGCAUUCCGGAGACAUGUGAAAUAACCCUCAUUAUUAAUUUAAAUCAUAUAUAAUUAUACCAUGCCAUAAUUCAUUAUGUAAUUAUUUUGUCAUAAUUAUAAUUAUAAUUAUUGUCUAUAAUACACCACCAGUUAGUGUAAUUAUUCUGUUCUUAAUGUUUUACGGUCCUGCACUAUAAUUAAAUUAUUUGCACUUUUUUGUAAUUAUUAUAAAUCAAUAAUAGA